CCUACGAGAAGUUUUUCAUCCUCAUCGGCGUCUGCUUCUCCUCCCCCGUCCCCCGCCACCGCCACCGCCACGCCAUGGCUCUCUUCCUCAAGUCCAAGCACCACUUUCCCGCCACCGGCCGCAUCGUCUUCCUGCGCCAUCUCUGCGAGGGCUCACCGAGCCCGUCGCCCCCAACGGACACGGACCCGUCGCCCCCGCCCCUGACCCGCGACGACACCAAGCUCCUGGACGCCCUGCACGCGGCGCUCCUCGACCACCGCCGCGCCAACCCGACAGCCGAGCUCCCGGUAUCCCCACCGUUCGAUCCGCUCCCGUCCCUCUCGUCCACCAUCUCCGACCUGCUCCCUUCCCCGCCUCCGCCUCACCUGCCGCUCCACCUCCUCCGCCGCCUCCUCGCGCUCCGCCGCGGCGUCCCGCUCCCCGAGGCCGCCGCCUUCUUCCGCCACAUCGCCGCUUCCCUUCCCGCCGACUCCCUCCCCGAUCUCUACGCCUCCAUGAUAGACCUGCUCGCCAAGCACCACCAUUUCUCACUCGCGCGCCACCUGCUCGACGAAAUGAGGGAGCGAGCCGUCCCCAUCUCAUCGCGGCUCAUCUUCGCCUUGAUCCGCCGCUAUGUCCGAGCGGAGAUGCCGUCGGAGGCUGCCGACCUGUUCCGCCGCAUGGAGGAGUACGGCUCCGGGGCUCCGGAGCCUGCCACACUGGCAUCCCUCCUGGCUGCUCUCUCCAAGAAGCGCCUUGCCAGUGAGGCACAGGCGCUGUUCGACAGCUGCAGGACUGUCUUCACACCUGAUGUUGUGCUCUACACAGCCGUGGUCCACGCGUGGUGCCGCGCCGGGCAGCUCGAUGAGGCGGAGCGCGUGUUUGCAGAGAUGCAGCAGUCAGGGAUCAUGCCGAAUGUGUAUACCUACACUGCUGUGAUCGAUGCAAUGUAUCGUGCGGGACAGGUUCCCCGUGCGCAGGAGCUCCUGUGCCAGAUGAUCGAUUCUGGGUGCCCCCCAAACACAGCGACGUUCAAUGCUAUCAUGCGGGCGCAUGUCAAGGCUGGCCGUUCUGAGCAGGUGCUCCAGGUGCAUAACCAGAUGCACCAGCUUCGGUGUGAGCCAGACAUUAUCACAUACAACUUCUUGAUCGAGACGCAUUGUGGGAAGGGGCAGGGCAACCUUGAUGCAGCGCUGAAGGUGCUUGACAAAAUGAUAGCAAAAAAGUGUGUUCCUGACUGCCACACGUUCAAUCCCAUGUUCAGGCUGUUAGUUGUGCUUGGCAACAUAGGUGCUGCACAUAAGUUGUAUGAGAAAAUGAGGGAGCUGCAAUGCAAACCAAAUGUUGUUACAUAUAACUGCCUUCUAAAGUUGUUCAAUAAGGAGAAGUCAAUGGAUAUGGUUCUGAGGAUGAAGAAGAACAUGGAUGUGGAAGGAAUAGAGCCAAACAUGCACACCUAUGCGGCUCUGAUUGAGGCAUUCUGCGGGAGGGGAAACUGGAAGCGUGCACACGCAACACUAAAGGAAAUGAUCGAGGAGAAAUCCUUUAAACCUUCAAAGCAGGUGCGUGAUAUGGUAUUGGUCCUUUUGAGAAAGGCUGGACAGCUCAAGAAGCACGAAGAGCUUGUUGAACUGAUGGUUGAUCGGGGUUUUAUUAGCCACCCUGCUAAUGAUGCAUUGUGGAGUGGACUAUCUGCUUGCUGAUCUCCAUGUGCAAGAUUGUUAUGGAAGUGUAGUCGCACAUAAAAGGUAUCUUUUCUUAUGUUGUACCCAAGCUUCCUGAGUAAAAUUUGUUGGAUUAGAUGUAUGAGGGUCAAAUUUUGAGUGCUACAAGUAAUGUGAGUUUUUGGGACACGACCUUAGCUGUUAGCUAAGUUGAUUGAUGUUGGAGGUGACCGUUUCUGGCCUAAACUUGUGAAGCUGAGUCUUAGGUUUAGGCUAGGAAGUUUACAAGCAAAGGAUCCCCUGUUGCCAUUCGCUUCUAAUGUUUGAAUUAUUUUUGGAAACAUGGGCCUUAGGGUGUUCACUGUUGUGAUUGCCCACCAGUGGUAUAGAGUCGGGCAAGGAAAAGCUGGAUCUUGUAAGUCAUAAUCACUUGUAGUCAACUAUUCCUGAGACUACAUUAGGUUGCCAGUUCUGGUACCAGAAAACUCCAGAAGAGAUUCUGGCUUCAGUUUUUGGACCCUGCCUGUUGGGCUCCAAUCCCUUUUUUUUUUCCUUUUCUGAAAUUAGGUUUGGGAAAUUGUACCUUACUGCACUUUUUAGGUAGAUGUGUACCACUGUACCUGUCAAAUUGUUUGAGCUUUACGGGACAUUUUUAGGUAGUGGUUAGCAUUUUUGAAGAUUUAUGGUGGCAUUCAUUCAAUUAGAGGUGCUGAGAUGUACCAUACAGGACCAACAGUCCUUGCUUCACAUGAUUUGAACUGCUUCGAAAUGAAUACUUGAUUUAAUAGCA